CCAGCAAACAUCCAGCUGGAUAUUGAUGGGGACCGUGAAACAGAACGCAUCUACUCUCUCUUCAACCUAUACAUGAGCAAGCUGGAAAAGAUGCAGGAGGCCUGUGGCAGCAAAUCUGUGUACGACGGCCCUGAGCAGGAGGAAUACUCGUCCUUCAUCAUUGAUGACCCCCAGGAGACCUACAAGACACUGAAGCAAGUCAUCGCUGGGGUGGGGACCCUUGAACAGGAGCACGCACAAUACAGGAGGGACAAGUUCAAGAAGACGAGAUACGGGAGCCAGGAGCACCCCAUUGGAGACAAGAGCUUCCAGAACUACAUAAGGCAGCAGUCUGAGAUCUCCACCCAUUCCAUUUAAAGUCACAGUGCAUCCCAGGAUGGUGCUGAUGAGCCACAUCAAGAAACCCACAACCUUUAGAAGCAGAAAAAAGAAGACAGAAGACACAUGUGGAGGGGCUCCAUGUCCACCAACUCAUACCAAGCCAGUGGGGCCACUGCCAGCCAAGCAUGCUGUCCUCUGCAGGAACUGUUGCCUGGAACUGUAUACUUCUUACCUGCCAGCACGGGUGGUCUGAGCCAUUCUGGAACAUGUGAUCAUUUGUCUUUCACUGCUUUGGUUUUGUGAGGAUCCAGGGAUCCGUUAAAUAUUAGGGAACUGUGGACUUCCUGUAAACCUCUUCCCACAUGACCCAGUCCUUCCUCCUGGAGCCACAGCUGGUUCAUUCAUGGCAAUGCAUGCCUUCUGCAAAGCGUGUGCUGUCUCCUGUGCUUUGCCCACUGGUCUCUGUGGCUCUGCACAGUGUAAGCCUUCUGCCCCAGCCCCAGACAUUGUACUUUAUCCCUGUUUGGGAUGUUAGAAGCAGUAUUUCUCCAGCUGCCAGUAAGGCAGGCAGCCUCUAUGUUUAGCUUGUGUUGGUUUGUUCCUGCCUAAGGGGUCAGUUUUGUGCCUGGGAUGGGCAGAAUGGUGCAGGAAGCCCUUGGCCUUUGGGGAUAUGGGGGUCUCUUCUUCAGAGUCCCUGGAGAGGAAGAACUGUGGGUCCAGUCUUCUCUGGGUGACCAUAAACCCCUAGUUCAAGCAUUCAUCUAGUUUAAAACUAGAAUCUACAUGCUUGCCACCUUGGUGAAAGAUGGGAAAGUUUUUGUUUUGUUUUGUUUUUAAUGUGCAUUUUUCAAGCUGUUUUUCUUAAUGUUUUUAAAGGACUGUUUUUAACUAGCAUUUUGAUAUAAGGUAAUUUGGAACAUCAGAGCCUGUACAUAUUAAAGGGGAUGCCACAGGGCAGAUCCAAAGGGAACAGUAUUUGUUUUCUCACAAAGCCAACUCUAAGAGUCCUCAGGGAGGGAGCCCUGGGCUGGAGGCUGCACCUUCAGAGGUGCAGAAGGGCUGGCCGAGAGCAGUGUUUCACCUGCCUGUGUCUCUGUGAACCGAGACUGGGCAGGGCAAUGUCUGGGGGGGCAUUUUUUAUUAGAAUGGGAGGGUCUUGAAACAGGCAAGGCAGACUGCUUCAGCUUGGCCCCACACUGCUGCUGGAGCCUCAUCCCAAACAGUGUCUCCACAGGCUGAGGAGAGAGGUGCUCAGUGGGUAGGCAUUGCUGAAGGAUGGGGCACACAUCCGGUACCAGUUUCUCUUUGUUCUUAUUGGGAAGUUCACUCUUCAUCUAGAAAACAGAUGGUAACAGCAUUGGUUAUCACAGAAAUAGAGGGAAGUGUAAAAAAUUAACUUUGGACACAGCAAUCAGGCUGCACUGAACUUCAGUUUUUAACACGGAUUUGUAACUUAAUGUUUCUGUUUAUAAAGUACUAAUGAUUUGCAAUGUAUUUUACCGGUCAAUUAAAACAGAUGCUUUAUUCUUU